AUGACAUCAAGACCCUCCUCAGCCGAUCCAAGAAGUUCCUCCUCUACACCCAAGUGGACAACCUGGAGAGAACGGCCUAGCAAUAAACUGAGCAGUAGAGCCGGCAGCAGCAGCAGCAGCAGAAAUGGGACUUCUGUUUACUAUAAUGAGGCUACAAAGACCUUUUACCCAUCGAACCCAAUCCGCCCUAUCACCCCAUCCUACGAGACGAAGGCGCGCGAGGAUCCCGUCACCUUGGCUACACCGCAAAAGCUCCUCGUUAUCUUGGAUUUAAACGGCACUUUGUUCUAUCGAAACAAGAGAAACAAUCGUGCGGUCACCUCUCGUCCGUACCUAGCUCCUUUCUUGGACUUCUUGUUCGAACACUGUCGAGUCAUGGUGUGGUCCAGCGCACAGCCUCACAGCGUCGAGGCUAUGCUAAGCUUUGGUUUCGGAAACCGUAUUUCGAAUCUCGACCGUGUGUGGAAUCGAGACCACUUUCGCUUGCCUCCCUCGGACUAUGAAAGGAAAGUGCUCACCAUCAAGGACCUGGAAUAUGUCUGGGAGGGUAUCGCAGAGGAAAAGAAAAAGAAAGACGCCGCCGCUCAUGCUCACAGCAAGUACCAGGUGGAAUUCGAUCAGACCAACACCGUCCUGCUUGAUGACUCCACAGCUAAGAUACAAUUGCAACCGUACAACGGCGUGGCUCUCAGGGACUUUGACCAGGGUCUCGCGAUGGCAGGGACGGAUGACGAAUUGCUUCGUGUGAGGCGCUAUCUUGAGAAAUUAAUUUACCAGGCGAACGUGAGCGCCUAUAUGCGCCUUCAUCCGUACAGCUCUGAUGCCCCUCUUGACAACGAUGCAGCCAAGGAAGCCUCGAAUACAAAACCAUCAAAGGCUGGAGAUGCGCUAGCGGAUGAAUUGGACGAUCUCGCUCUUCGUCUGGAAAAGAGCACGGUCUAA